CAGGCACUGAUCAAAAUGAUUAUAGCACUGACUGAAUACUGCGCUCAUUGACUGGAAAUCUUCAUUUUCUAUUCUUAAUGUAUUACUCAAACAUUAUAUUAACCCUAUUUUAACAUUGUAAUAUGCUCGGCUGAUAAUAACUGCAUGUCUGUAAUAAACGGUCCGUUUUUCUGUCUAUGAUCUCAUCUCUGCCUGGAUGAUAGGAGGAGAGAGAGGGGCGACAUCAACACAUUAGACAGAACACUCUUCAGUAAAUCUACGGUUCUCUUGUUGCUGUCUUCGCAAAAGUGAUAAUCUGAAAUGGUGAGUAUGCCCAUGCCGGAGCGCAAUGAACGGUUUUGCAGUUCUGUUUUGAUGCUCCUUGUGCUUCUGCUACAAGUUACAAAAGGACUCCAUACACUGAGGCUACCACAACCUGUAUUAACCCUAACUGGCUGUGCGAGAGGAAUGGAAGCUCCCGAGUGGCGCAGCGGUCUAAGGCACUGCAUCUCAGUGCUUGAGGCGUCACUACAGACCCCCUGGUUCGAUUCCAGGCUGUAUCACAACCGGCCGUGAUUGGGAGUCCCAUAGGGCGGCGCACAAUUGGCUCAGCGUCGUCCGGGUGUGGCCGGUGUAGGCCGUCAUUGUAAAUAAGAAUGUAUUCUUAACUGACUUGCCUAGUUAAAUAAAAAGUGCAUAUUAUCUGAUAGAGCUAAUAAUGGAAUAUGAAAAAAGCAAUGAUGCAUAUUUUCCCAAAUCCUGAAAGCAUUCCUUCUGUUGCAUUCCUUCUUUUUUAUUCCUUCUGUUGCAUUCCUUCUUUAGGACUGGUCAUGUUUUUUUAAAUUACAUAAAUUGUCUCCCUAUUUAUGCCAUGUUUCCCCGAAGCUAUCUGACUUUACAUUGAAAUGGCCCUAUGCAGAUACAAGAUGACUUGUCUAUAAAGAUCAAUUGAAAUCACACCCUUCUAAGGCUUUCCCUGGCUGCAUCUCAAUAGUCUAAAAUAGCUGGACUGAAGGAGAUUAGACAAGGAAUCUACUUAUCACCAUUGAGAUGCGCCCAUCAACCCUUAAUGUGCUUCCUUGUUGCCAUCGAUAGGCGACCAUUGUAAAGAGGCCGUCCCUGGGUCCGGUCCCUCCCCCCAGGAAGAAGUCCAGCCCAAAGUCGGAGGUCACUGAGGAGCUGAAACAGGAGAUCAGAGAGGCCUUUGAACUUUUUGACACCGACGCCUCCGGACACAUUGAUGUCAAGGAGCUAAAGGUCAGGGGGCAGAGGUUCAGGGUUAGGGGUUAUGCACAGGGACAGUGUUUGUGUAACAUGAUGUACUACAGUACCCAUAAUGCUUAUUAAUACAGUGUUAGUCAACAAAGGUAGUCCUGGGGAGCUACGGGGUGUGCAAGCUUUUGUUCCAACUCAACACUAACACACCUGAUUUUAACCAACCAUCUAUCUAUCUAUCUAUCUAUCUAUCUAUCUAUCUAUCUAUCUAUCUAUCUAUCUAUCUAUCUAUCUAUCUAUCUAUCUAUCUAUCUAUCUAUCUAUCUAUCUAUCUAUCUAUCUAUCUAUCUAUCUAUCUAUCUAUCUAUCUAUCUAUCUAUCUAUCUAUCUCUCUCUAGGUUGCUAUGAGGGCGCUGGGGUUUGAGCCUAAGAAAGAGGAGAUUAAGAGGAUGAUAACAGAGGUGGAUAAGGACGGAACAGGAAAGAUCUCCUUCUCUGAUUUCCUCACCGUCAUGACUCAGAAGAUGGUAAGAAAAACAACAUAGUGAACACUGUCAGUGCUUGUAACAUAACAUUGCAAUUUAGCAACCAAAAAAAUGUGAUGGGAGUUGUACAUUUUAGUUCGCAAAUAUACAGUGUAUUAUGUUGUAUUACGGGGUGUUUUAGUGAUAUUGUAUCACCAUGCUGUAUUGUGUUACAGUGUAUUGUAUUACAGUGAAUUGUAUUACAUUACAUUACAUUGAGUUGUAACUGUUACUGUCUACCCACCCAGACUGAGAAGGAUUCUAAGGAGGAGAUCCUGAAAGCAUUCCGUCUGUUUGAUGAUGAUGAAACUGGGAAGAUCUCCUUCAGGAACCUGAAGAGGGUCGCCAAGGAACUAGGAGAGAACCUGACUGACGAGGAACUGCAGGUGAGACAUAUGUCUCACCUGGACAGCACUGAAUACACACACACACACACACACCUGGACAGCACUGUACACACACGUGAACCUACAGGAUGAUAUGGGAUAGGAUACAAGAUAGCUUUAUUUUGUCAAGAGAAAUAUACUGGUCUACUACUAAGGCUUCUGUUUAAUCAUUUACUGUGAAUCUGCCAUCCUCCCUUCCCCUGUCCCCUGCUUCCUCUCUCCUCUGUUCCCAUCCCUCUCCCUCCCCUCUUUCCUCCACACCUCCAGGAGAUGAUCGAGGAGGCAGACAGGGAUGGAGACGGGGAGGUGAACCAGGGAGAGUUCCUCCGCAUCAUGAAGAAGACCAGCCUGUACUGAGACUGGACCAGGGUGUUGUGGGGUAGAGGGUGGAGGGGUUAGAAGACCAGUCGGUACUGAGCCUGGACCAGAGUGUUGUGGGGUAGAGGGUGGAGGGGUUAGAAGACCAGCCGGUACUGAGACUGGACCAGGGUGUUGUGGGGUAGAGGGUAGAGGGUGGUGUUGAGGACAUACUGGGGCAGAGGAGACUGUGGGUUGGUUUUACAUGUUAUGUACUAGUCAAGUCAUUACUCAGUUAUCCUGUCCUAGUUUAAUUAGACAACUUCCUUUCCUCGUCUCCUUCCUUACCUCCUUACUGUCAUGACCACUCAUCAGUUAGAAAAUACUAUUUAUCUGUCUCUUAGUUAGAAUGCUGGUAGAGUCCCACAACAGUGCUUUCAUCUAUCAAUAACCUGUUUCACCUUUCAUAUCUGUUAUCGUGAAGGUAAAUGGGACAAGGACAGGAAGCUGUUUAAGACGACUAGGAUCCGAUACUGCACACAGAAAGAAGCCAAACAAUCAUUUCCAUUCCAGAACCUCUACUCUUCUCUCCUUCAUAUAGAUAGCUUGAUGUGACAUUAAGGAAUUGCCUAAAAGAAUCGCCUUGCUCAAACCGAUCCCCUUAAACAAACCUGUCUUUGUGCCUGAGUCUCUACCAGAGGGGAUGAAUCAUCAGUUUCAGGGAAGACCCCACCUUCUCUACCCCUAGUCAGCCCCUCCCCUCCAACACCCACCUUAACACACCUUACAUCUAUUUGAACUCUAAUCUAAAGUGAAAGUUGACUGUAUGUUUCUUACUGUUAUUGUUGUAUUUUUGUCUCUUUGAAUUAUCUACUGUAUGAUCUCCUGUAUUGAAUGUUUUGUACAUAUAAACUG